AUGAAGCAUAAUAACUCAUUAAGCACCGGACAUUUUAAGAAGACCUCCCUAAAGUACAAGACAUGGUUUGGGCAGGCCAUCCAGAAGAGGAUAAGAAGAGAGAAAAGGCAGGAGGCUGCAAAGAAAAUUGCCCCAACUAACGUAGAGCUGCUUAGGCCCGUUGUAAGAUGCAACAGCAGAAGAUACAACAUCAACCAGAGACUCGGCCGCGGAUUCUCGAUCGUUGAAGUCACUCAGGCAGGUCUCACAGUGAAAGAAGCGAGGGAGCUGGGAAUUGCCGUAGAUAUAAAGAGGUACACGAAGUCUGUGGAGUCCCUGACCCUGAACGUUGAAAGAAUCAAAGAAUAUCUCUCAAAGAUAACGGUCUAUGAAAGCAAGAGUGAAGCCCUGGAGGCAGGAGCAGUCCAGCACAAGGCAGCAAUUCUCCCAGUCAUCAAGAAGAAGCCAACUAUCGACUCCAUCCCCGCCUCGGAAGUGAAGAAUGAAGCCACGGCCUGCACUGAGAUGUACAGGCUGAGGGAGGAAACCAUCAGAAAGAAGUCCCUGAAGGAGAGAAGGGGAACUCUCCGGCCUCUCGACCCCAGGCUUAGAAGCAAGUAA